ACAUUCAACACAAAAGAUACCCAGAGAGAGAUAAGAAAGAAAUAGAGAGAGAUCCUUUGGACAUUUCAAGGUUAUCGUUUCUCUCUCUUGUUCUUGAGCUUUUGUGGGGGGAGAGAGAGAUGGGAAGGGGUAGGGUUCAGCUGAAGAGGAUAGAAAACAAGAUCAAUAGGCAAGUUACUUUCUCAAAGAGAAGGUCUGGUUUGCUCAAGAAAGCUCAUGAGAUCUCUGUUCUCUGCGAUGCUGAGGUUGCUCUCGUUAUCUUCUCUUCCAAAGGCAAACUCUUCGAAUAUUCCACCGACUCUUGCAUGGAAAGGAUACUUGAACGCUAUGAUCGCUAUUUGUAUUCAGACAAACAACUUGUUGGCCGAGACAUUUCACAGAGUGAAAAUUGGGUUCUCGAACAUGCUAAGCUCAAGGCAAGAGUUGAGGUACUUGAGAAGAACAAAAGGAAUUUUAUGGGGGAAGAUCUUGAAUCGUUGAGCUUAAAGGACCUCCAAAGUUUGGAGCAUCAGCUCCAUGCUGCAAUCAAGAGCAUUAGGUCAAGAAAGAACCAAGCUAUGUACGAAUCCAUAUCGGCACUCCAGAAGAAGGAUAAGGCCUUGCAAGAUCACAAUAAUGCGCUUCUCAAAAAGAUUAAGGAGAGGGAGAAGAAGAACACGGUUCAGCAAGGACAACUAAUCCAAUGCUCCAACAAUUCUUCGAUUCUUCAGCCCCAAUACUGCUCAACCUCCUCCGGGGAUGUCUUUGUGGGGAGAGUUGGGGGAGACAACGGCAGUGCAUCGUCAUUGGUGGAACCAAACUCUCUCCUUCCUGCUUGGAUGAUACGCCCUACAACGAAUGAAUAGAACUAUCUCUAUAUGAUAAGAUAAAUUAAUGUUUAAUAUUGUCAUAGUAUGUAUGUAUAUCAGUAUUUCGGUGUAUUUACUGAACUGAUAUAAGUUAACUUUAACUAGUUAUAAAAAAUUCGGCAAAAAACUAUAUAUAAAAUUUUAUAUUUAAUG